UCCAGUCGCACUCCAUGGAGGCACUUUGGCCUGCGUGUGUGCUUUGGUUAGCCUCAAGCUUUCCCUGCUGACUAUGAACUCAACUGCCAUCAAUGAGGGACCACAGUACGACUCACCACUGGGGAACUUCCACAGCUUGUCCACACCUUUUUCAAGAGGUCAAUGACCUCCUAGGACACACUUUCAUGUAUCGGAUGAGCACUUUUAUCAAGUGAGGAAAUGGCCAAGAUGUACAGACUCUGUGUAGGAAUAGUAACAGCUCUGGCCUUAUGCAAAUAUUCCUUGGCAGAGUGGAAUACCACCGAAGAGUCUGCCAAUCGAACUGUGUCCCACUGUCAUCGUCAUGGAAACAGAGACAAUUGCACAGCAGAUACAGGGCAGUGGAAUGGUCACUUUUCAAAAUGUCCAGAGGACCUCAUGCAUUACUGUAUCCACGGGGAGUGUCGUUACAUUAAAGCACAAAAAGCACCGUCAUGCAGGUGUCAGCAUGGUUACAUUGGUUCCAGGUGUGAAUAUGUGGACCUGGACUGGCAGAUAGGAGAGAAACGGCAAAUCAUAAUCGCCUGUGUCAUCGCGGGGCUUGUGUUCCUCAUUCUUCUCAUUGUAUUCAUCUGCAUCUGUUCACAUCGUAGGUGCAGACUGUGGCGGCGGAGGGGAAGACGGAGGGAAGAACCACCGAAUGGGACAGAGAAGCUCAGUAUGUUGGACACCAGAGCUACACACGCAACCAUAACGCCAGACUUGACAGAGCCACCACACACUAACGCUGUAUGAGAGUGACGGCAGUGUGCUGUAGAAGCUCCCUCUGUGCUGGACAGGAAUGAGGCCUGCUCAAAGGAGGGACAUUUUUGGAUAAAGUCUGGCUGCGUUAGAACAAGCAGGAGCACAAAGGAGUUUGCUCUCUCCUCUAAAGGGGCAGCCCGGCCUGAAACUUCAAAGAAGAUGCUUUCCUGGAUUUAUGGUACACACAAGUUGGAGAUCAGUGUUCAGCAGGCAUUGUGUUAGCAAGGACGCUUUUUUUUCCUGCUGUUGAAGAGCAACAGGCACUUGUAGCUUUUCACACAGAGCUGCUGACUGCAUGGCACUAAAUAAAUUGUUGCUAUGUUGAAAAAAGCUGUGACACCAGCUGGCAGCCGGUGAUCAAGUCGAUCAAGUUAAUGGUCUGUAUGUGUGGGAGACACUGGUGAACGAGAGAAAAGGGACUGAAUGAAGAUGCUACACUCCAUGUUCUCUUUGGGGAACUCUUUUAACUAAAUAACCCAUUGAAUGUAUAGAAAUAUGCCGAGUACUAGCAGCUGCAGUAUACUGCUUCAGUAUGCUGUAUUUGUGUGUCAUAUUGUUUAUACUUUGUUUAUUGCUGCUUUUGGUUAAGUUUAAUCUCACAAAUGCACAGUGUUGAUAUUUAAAAAUCAAAACAAUCAGCUCAGUUAUCAUCACUUAUUCAUCCUUCAUAUCCUUUAUGUCUCUAUGUAGACUCACACAGAAUAUUGUUACUCAUCAACAUUAGCAAUGCAAGAAGAGCUUUCGAUAUAGGAAAGGUUGCAGUUCUGGACUCCCAGGUUUGGACGAGGACAAGGAGAACUUGUGCUGGAGGAUUUUUUUGAUCUGUAUAUUUGGAGCCGAGCAGCCUCCGAGCUACAGAGACAGAACAGCCGAGCCUGUGUGUGAAGGCUCGACUGAGGUGAAAGUGCUCCACUGUAUGAGACAAACUGCCAGCCUUUCACUGGGUUUAAUGUGUAUCUGUAUGUGUAUUAACUCUGCAUCUAAAUGUAGAAUGAAGAGAGUUAGGACACUCCUAGUGUUUAAAUAUAAUGUAUUUUCAAUAAAUAUGUCUGCUGUACAGUAAAUAUGCUGUCCAUUUCUAUAAUUUUUCAAAAAAUUAAACUUAAAGUGCUAAAAAUCAACUGCAAAUAAGACCUGCGUUAUGUGUUUCAUGAGAAACUCAGCUUUAUUAGGGUUUUUCUAAGAAAUGUUUCUCAACAUGCUCUCCCUGUAGACUGUGUGAUAUCAUUUUUGCUCUCACCACAGACCAAUGAGCUCACAAGACCACUGCUGACUCGCACUCCCGCGCAGAUUGACCUCACCGAUUCCAAACAACUACUGUAACCCUUGAUCCAGAUGAUCGGCAAUUCCAAACUUUUAAAAAAAUACAUGCUAAAUUCACAAUAUCCCUACCUAAACAACUCACAUUAUGUAAUGUGUAUGUUUCAUCUUUCAGGAGAAUGUACUUUGGUUUCAGCUGUAAUGUGUUGUUGUGUUACUAUGGUGCUACAGUCAGCAGUGUAAUGUCGCUGGCGCCAACAAAUUCCAGUGUGAGAGUGUGAAGAUAAUACAGUAUUGUCCUCUUACAUAAUAUGACUUAAUCCUGUUGGUGCAAGGGAAUUAGCUGUUUCAGAUGUCACUUAAAAUGUGCAGGGUGCUAAAAAUCAGUAUCUGUGUGAAGGAGAGUAACUCUUAUGAGGUUUUAAAUGUACAGUAUGAGACUGAUAGUGCCACAAUGGAAAGCGGCCAAACAGUUGGCAAUCUAUGUUAAUAUGCAGCACAGUAUGUAUAUUUUAGCUUAUCUGUUUAGCUUUAAAUUAACUGUCCCUUUCUUACUUUAUCCCAGUUUGUCCAAAUACACAAAUCAUCACUUAUCAAUAGAAUAAAACGAAUAAAAACGUAAGAGACAUAUCAAUUUUUGUUAUCUUCUUAACUCUUGGCAAGAAAGACUAAGCAUAUUUCCCAAAAUGUUACAGUUACUUUCCUUUUGACUGUUUUUUUAAUUUUUCACCAUAUCAGUAUUCGUGUGUAUCAACAUGACUGUUCCCAGCAGCUGCAGUUUGAAACAUUUCUUAAAAAAUGUCUGAAUUCCUUGGAAAAAACUCAGUAAUUGUUUUCGUAACUGCCUGCUAGAAUUAAUCUAAAAAUAAAUAAAUAAAAAGAAGA